UGCCGUUCGGCCUCAAAACCGCACCCAUUACUAUUCAGAGGAUGAUCAACACAUUGUUCUCAGACAUGAUAGGCAAAGAAAUCUAUGCAUAUUUUGAUGAUUUAAUCAUCUGUAGCAGGGAUGGCGGCAGUCACCUAGCUAAACUAGAAGCAGUUCUGCUUAAACUUAGAGGCGCUGGCCAUAAGGCCAGGCUGACUAAAUGUAUAUUUUUAAAGCAAAAAAUCACCUUUUUAAGCCACACUGUUGAUGGAGAUGGUACCCACACUAUGGACGAUAAAAUAUCGGCCAUAAAGAAUUUUCCGCAACCCCAAACCGUCGAAAACGUUCGGUCUUUCCUUGGGUUGUCCGGCUACUAUAGGCCUUUCAUACAAGGUUUUGCCAAAAGUGCUUCGCCUCUAACGUAACUUUUAAAGAAAGAGUUACCUUUUCAUUGGAAUGCCCCACAACACAAGAGUUUUACAGGCUUGAAGUCAGCGUUAAUCAACGCUCCAGCCUUGGCAUUGUAAUGUGUAUAUUAUAACAUACAUGUGAAUGUGUGAAUGUAUGUCGUAUCGCCAUGGCCCAGCGGCGCCAGGACGUUACACACAGACGCUACGUUGUGCUUAGGAGGUGCUCCUUGCCGUGGGAACGGUGUUGAUUCAGCAAGCCUGGUACCGCUGGCCGCUCCUGUGCCGGGAGACGCCGGGCAGACGAUAGCGGGCGGCGGGCGAGAGCAGAGGACUUCUCGAAGCGUGCGUACGACUUACGACUCGUCCACAAAAUACUGUAACUAUUCUGUGAAUAUAUUUAAAAAGCCAAUACAACCAUUUAAUCAACCAGAGAGAGAGAGAGUAAAUUAAGUGAACUCAAAGUGAACUUAACGGCUCCGCUCGGCCAACACAUAACUAAAAACCUAUUGUGUUGUCUCACGACCUCUAUCAACUGGAGAAAGCAGGCAACGGUACACCGGACCUGACGUGAGAUAACAGUUCGCGCCUUAAACAAAAAACAAAAACAAAAAAAAACAAAAACCAGCUAACAAAAAGGCUAACAAAAGUGGUGAACAGCGGCUUCCGGAGCUUCUCCGAAGUGUUCUAUAUGUGUUAUCUCUCUCUCUCUCUCUCUGAACACUUAACACUUAACGGUCGCAAGUGUCGUCAAGGGGCAGACAGGAAAGUGUGCAAGAACGCUGACACAAGCCGCGCCAUCCCCCCUGCCCCGUGCGAGUCGAGUCAGCACACUCCACCACACCGCCCCGCGCGCCCCGCACCUCCCCGCGCGCCAACAUCGCCCCACUGUCGGGGAUCCUGCUUCCCAAUUCUGGGACGCCCACUUGUCUGCUUACGACACAGCCAUUCGUGGGUGGGCGCUUACCUUCGCCAGACCAGGGCGGACUUUUGGCGACGACCUUGGUGGAGCGUGGUCACUCCCCCGCCCAUUCCUCAACGCUGCCGGGCGCCGACUUCUCCCGCCCAUUCCUCCCCGCUGCCAGCCGCUGCCGGGCACUGCCGGCGGUCUCUCGAUCUGGCCGCUCCAAGGACGCGGGGACAGCCAGCCAGGGACGAGGGCAAGCCAGCAGAGGACGAAGGAGUGCCACGGGCAUCUUCACAUUUUUAUGGUCAACCUGAGAAGGAGUUAGAAACUUUAACCAAGGCAUUUCAGCAGUUGGUACAGGAUUCAGAAGCGACCGCCGAGGAUGACAAUUCCCGUAUCCUAAGGAGCGGGUCAACUCAUGACAGAGUUCCUCCUCCUCCUCCUUCUUCUCUCCCGCAUGAUAACGAAGGUAAUAUCUUAACUAACCAAGAAUCCACAAUGGCUACUAACUCUAUUAAACUUCUGCCGACAACGGCAUCAGUCAGAGUUUUCGCAGACAAUGAACCGGAUUACAGUGCGAGAGACUUCAUUCUGCAAUGCGAGGAUGUUAUGAACAACUCAUUUGUGUCAGAACCGGGAGAUAAAAUCUCCUUCAUUAGGUCCAGAUUAAAGCCGGGAACAGAAGCAUCCGCUCUUAGUUACACCAGCGCGUUCGUGGAACCGCAACAAACCAAAGAUUAUGCCCAGUUUCGGUCACAUUUUCUGGAGUCUUUUGGGGAAGAUGUUAGGCACAGCCUCGUCAAAGGUGUUAAUGUAGCUGUGACCAAAUUGAUUUCAGCUGUGGAGAGUAAAGGGCUUUUUGCCGGACAAGUAGACGCAUAUCGGUUGUCUACUGAUUUGGGCUCAUAUUUGAGAGCUGGUGGCUGGACGGAGGGAGAGAAUAUGUCUCUAUCUAAUUGUUAUGCCGGACGUAUUACUUAGGUUCCUUGUCGCCGUCAGGAGACUCCGUGGGAGGGAGAUAUGUCAACACUUUGCACAGCUUCUGUAGUUUAAUAUUCUUCCUUAGUAGUACACUUCACUCUGACUCUUUACUUACCACUAGCUUACUAUGACUGGGACUGGGCCUCUCUCGCCCUCUUCUCCUAUAUAUAUCCAGAACAGUACUGUCUAGAAUGUUUCAGUAUAUUUUAGAUCAUACAAGAACA